AAAAGGACUUAAAACUAUCAUUGGCAAGGCACCACCAUUUUCUUCCAACAUGACUGCCUUGAUCAUCAAGAAAGCCAUGUUGGUUCUAUUCCUUCAAUAUAUGAUUCUAGCCUUUUGUAAACACCACCAACAUUCCUUGGUCACUGACAAAGCUGCCCUGUUAGCCUUCAGAAUGGCCAUAAUAUCCGACCCAAACUCUGUACUUAGUAACUGGUAUGAAGCCUCCGACGUAUGUAACUUCACUGGAGUCGUGUGUCAUGGGCGGCAUCCUCGUGUGGUAAGACUCAUGCUGAUUCGAUCUGGUAUUACAGGUCAGCUUUCUCCCUCCAUUGCAAAUCUCUCCGGACUUCAUAUGCUUUUACUCACUGGUAACUACUUAUAUGGCUCUAUUCCAUCUGAACUAGCAUCCUUACGACAUCUUCAUAAACUGUGGCUUGAUGGAAAUAGCCUACAAGGUGUGAUACCAGAAUCUCUCUCCCUCCUUUCUAAUCUUACUUCUCUCCGAAUUAGCACAAACAAACUUACAGGUCCAAUUCCGGCUUCUAUCUUCUCAAAUUGCACCUCUUUGGUAUAUGUAGAUCUCUCAGAAAACUCACUCACUGGCAAUAUCCCAGCAGAGAUUGGAAUUCCCAAUAAUACAUGGAAUAUCAAUUUAUAUACAAAUUCCUUGUCUGGAAAAAUUCCAAUUACUCUAACAAAUUUGUCACACUUGUAUCAAUUGGAUGUGGAAAACAACCACCUUUCGGGUGAAUUGCCAUCAGAAAUUGUAGAGAAGCUACAUUAUCUUUCUAUUCUUCACUUGUCUCAUAAUAAUAUGGUUAGCCAUGACAGUAACACUAACCUUGAGCCAUUCUUCACCUCCCUCACAAAUUGUCCCCAUCUUCGAGAGCUUGAAUUGGCAGGUAUGGGUCUUGGAGGAAGACUGCCCAAUACCAUAGGUCAACUUGGAAAUGAAUUGUUGACUAUUGAACUGCAAGAAAACCAAAUUGUUGGGCCAAUCCCUCCAAAUAUUGCAAACCUCUCAAAUCUCACAGUGUUAAACUUGUCAACCAACCUUUUGAAUGGGACAAUUCCAGUAGAGAUUGGUCAUUUCAAGAUGUUACAACAACUUAUAUUGUCUAACAACUCACUAACAGGUUCAAUUCCAGCCACACUGGGACAGAUUACUUCACUUGGUCUACUUGAUUUGUCAAGGAACAGAUUAAUUGGAGAGAUUCCACCGAGUCUAGGGAAUCUUAGUCAAUUAAAUUAUUUGUUCCUCAACAACAACCAGCUUUCAGGAACAAUACCUCCUGAGAUUGGUCGGUGCAAGGACUUGAACAAGCUAGAUUUGUCUUAUAACAGAUUAUCAGGGAAGAUCCCUGGACAAAUAUCUGGGCUUAGUGAGAUCAGAAUGUUUUUGAAUCUUUCUCACAAUUUUCUUCAAGGGAAUUUGCCGCUUGAAAUUAGCAAGAUGGAAUCAGUUCAAGAGAUUGAUCUGUCAGCAAACAAUCUGUCUGGAUACAUUUUUCCUCAAUUGUCAAACUGUAUUGCUGUUAGCCUAGUCAAUCUGUCACAUAAUUCUCUUGAAGGGCAGCUUCCUGAAUCUUUAGGUGACCUUCGAAAUCUUGAGGCAUUUGAUGUUUCUAACAAUUACUUAUCUGGCGGGAUUCCAGCAAGCCUCAGUAGAUGUCCUAGUCUCACUCUACUGAAUCUUUCAUUUAACGAAUUCAAUGGAUCAAUACCGACUGGUGGCAUCUUCAAUUUGGUUACGAAUUAUACUUUCUUAGGCAACAUGCAUCUGUGUGGAUCAGUAUCUGGAUUAAAUAUUUGCUAUAAAAGGCAACACUGGAUCCAUUCUCAUAAACAUUUGAUAAUGGUUUGCACCAUCGCAUCUGCAUCAGCAUUCCUAGCCACAAUAGUUUGUGUGAUUGGAUUGAGGAGCAUCAAGAGAAGGCUCAUCUCUGGGAAAGAAGAAGUUUCCAGCCAUUCAACCCCUGCACUGAAGUCCAACUUCCCUAGAUUAACUUACCGAGAACUGUCAGAGGCCACCAGAGGAUUUGAUCAGGAGAGGAUGAUAGGAUCAGGUAGUUACGGACAUGUCUAUAAAGGAGUUCUGAGAGAUGGGACCCUUGUAGCAGUCAAAGUGCUAAAGUUGCAAACUGGAAAUUCUACAAAGAGCUUCAACAGAGAAUGCCAAGUCCUGAAAAGGAUUCGUCACAGGAACCUGAUGAGGAUCGUAACUGCAUGCAGCUUACCAGAUUUUAAGGCUUUUGUUCUUCCUUAUAUGGCAAAUGGGAGCGUGGAUAGCCACCUUUAUCCACAUUCAGAUCAAGGGACACAUUUGGGUUCAGCUUCUUCGGAUUUGAGCUUGAUCCAGAGGGUAAAUAUUUGUAGUGAUGUAGCAGAAGGGAUGGCAUAUUUGCACCACCACUCUCCAAUUAAGGUUAUACAUUGCGACUUGAAGCCAAGUAAUGUUCUCCUCAAUGAUGACAUGACUGCUUUAAUUUCUGAUUUUGGGAUUGCAAGGUUGGUGAUGAAUAUUGGAGCGGGAAACACUGCGGCUGUUGAGAAAAUGGGGGACUCUACUGCAAACAUGCUAACUGGGUCCAUUGGAUACAUUGCACCGGAGUAUGCAUAUGGAUCAAAGACAUCAACAAAAGGUGAUGUUUACAGCUUUGGAAUUUUAGUGCUUGAGAUGGUCACUAGAAAAAGACCCACCGAUAACAUGUUUGUUGGUGGCUUAAGCCUUCAUAAGUGGGUGAAAACUCACUACCAUGGGAGGGUGGAGAAAGUAAUUGACUCUUCUCUUAUGAGAUCUGCAAGAGAUCAGGCCCCUGAAGUUCGCAAGAUGUGGGAAGUCGCAAUAGGUGAAUUGAUUGAAUUGGGCCUCCUUUGCACUCAGGAAGCUGUAUCAACUAGGCCAACCAUGCUCGAUGCAGCUGAUGACUUGAAUCGACUGAAGAGAUACAUUGACGGUGAUACAACUGCAACAUUUGCCUCUUCCCUUGGGAUAUCAUCUUCAACUGUUGGAGAGGAUUAUUAAUUCUGAAUUGUGUUGUAAAUAAACUAAAAUGUCAUUAAUUCUCCAUGUAGCAUUUUUUACCA